AAACAGGCAUUCAAACUAGCCUCUCUUUUCUCUUGAAACGAGCUUCCCAGUGAGCAGAAUAUGCACUUUGCACAGCCAAUAGAUGAAUUGAGAAAACAUCUCAGUGGCACCAAGUGCUGCUGCUGACUUGGAAUCCGAUCCAUUUCAGGGGACUUCUGCAAACCUUCUGCCUUCCUGAUUAGCCAUCAAAUAAGCGAAGUUUCCUCUCUUUUUCUUGCACCCAAGUACACAAGAGGGCCUUCUAUCUCUAUCCGAGCCUCUAGGCCAAAAUCUAGUCAUGAACAAUCCUAAGGUCUACUUGGUCGUCUUUUUCAUUAGAGCGAUGUAUGCGGGCUUACAUAUUACCUCCAAGGCUGCUCUCAAUGGAGGCAUGAGCGCCUACGUGUUUGUGCUCUAUAGACUAGUGCUUGCCACUCUAUUCAUGGCACCCUUUGCAUUUGCACUUGAAAGGAAAGCUGCUCCACCUCUGCCAUUUAAACUCUGCUUCAAAAUAUUCCUACUUUCUUUAUUUGGGGUCACUGCCACCAUGAUCAUAUAUGCUGUAGCUCUUGAUUACACUUCGGCAACCUUGUCAUCUGCAAUCAUGAAUUCCAUUCCAGUGGUAACCUUUAUUGUGGCUGUAACAUUUGGCCAGGAGACUAUCAAGUUAAAGAGGCUCUCCGGGAUGAUGAAAGUUUCUGGGGUGCUGCUUUGCCUGGCUGGUAUUUUGGAGAUGGCCUUCUACAAAGGACCUCACUUCAAACCUUUGAAUCAUCAUCACCUCCUUGGCCAUGGAAACCGAGAAACCAAUCAUCCUCCCACCAAUUCGACUAAAACUUGGGUAUUGGGAACCUUUCUCAUGACCAUUUCCAACACAACAUGGUCUCUGUGGAUGGUGCUACAGGAACCUUUGUUGAAGGAGUACCCCUCCAAGCUUACAUUCACCACUCUCCAGUGUCUGUUUAGCGCCUUUCAGUCAUUCUUCAUUGCUCUAGCAUUGGAAAGAGAUUUUUCUCGGUGGAAGUUGGGUUUGGACGCCGGCCUCGUCUCUGUCAUCUAUUGUGGAAUCAUUGUCACAGGAGUUGCAUUUUACUUGCAGUCUUGGGUCAUUGAGAAGAGAGGCCCCGUUUUCUUGGCCAUGUCCACUCCACUAACUCUAAUUAUCACAAUCAUGGGCUCAUAUUUUCUCCAGGGAGAAUUGGUUAAUUUGGGAAGUGUUUUGGGUGGACUUCUUAUGGUUGGAGGCCUUUAUAGUGUUCUUUGGGGACAGAGAAGAGAACAAAUAGAUCACAAUACACCAACUGAAGUUGAAAGAAAAGCUUCCUUGGACGUGAAAGAAAAUGGCAUAACACAAGUCUGAAUAAAUUCAGCAAUUCUUAGUUCAAAUUAAAUGAGGUCUCUCAAGAGUUGUAAGUUGUAAGCUGGAUUUGAAUAAUUAUUGUUUAG